AUGAUGAUUGCUUUCAAUCCUCUGAUCACCCCGACAAACCUUCAAGCUGCCAAUGAAUUCGGACCCGGGAUAUACACAACACCCGAUUUCUCGGUUGGGCUGGGCUAUGCCAAGAAUCUUGAUGGUAGCCCCGGGGUUAUGGUUAUUUUCAAACGACCUGAGCCUGACUCGCACAAUCUCAUUUUCUGGACUCCCAGCGAUGCAGAGGUUCAAGCUCUGCUCGAGACGUUCACGAAUACCGAAAUUACGGGGAGGGUGAUUUGGCUCAACGCUGGCCUACUUGUAGAUUGA